ACAACCAGAGCUUGCGAAACAAACUUUCCAAACUGAAACGCAGCGAAAUCGUGAGUUUUUUUCCUCCAAACUCGGCAGCUUUAAAGUCGUGGGACUUGUGGGCUUCAUCAGCAUUGGAGUAGUGUUCGAUGUUGAGAAGAAAAGGCAAAGACUGUGAGGAUUUCAAGACGCCUGUCGGCCAUUGCUGCCCUCUCCAGCGGUCACCACAUAAAGAAGAGGUGUCGUGUCAGUCGUGACGUCAUCAUGGGGAAAAGUCAAUCGAAACCUGAUAGCGAUCUCAUUAAGGCAGUCAAGCAUCGGAAAAAAGUACAUGGAACAUUUUUGGCGGCGCGUGCAAUCAAAGCAGGGGCUAAUGUGAAUGUUAAAGAUGAUAAUGGGGACCCGGUUCUUAUGUUUGCAGUGAAGGCCGAGAACAUUGAUAUCGUAAAGGAACUAGUGAAGGCCGGGGCUGAUGUGGAUGCUAAAGCUAAUUAUGGGGACCCGGUUCUUGUGUCAGCAGUGGAGACCGAGAACAUUGAUAUCGUUAAGGAACUACUAAAGGCCGGGGCUAAUGUGGAUGCUAAAGCUAAUUAUGGGGACCCGGUUCUUGUGUCAGCAGUGGAGACCAAGAACAUUGAUAUCGUAAAUGAACUAGUGAAGGCCGGGGCUGAUGUGGAUGCUAAAGAUCGGUUUGGGUAUCCGGUUCUUAAGUCAGCAGUCAGGACCAAGAACAUUGAUAUCGUUAAGGAACUACUGAAGGCCGGGGCUGAUGUGGAUGCUAAAGGUCAAUAUGGGGACCCAGUUCUUGUGUCAGCAGUGAAGACCGAGAACAUUGAUAUCGUUAAGGAACUAGUGAAGGCCGGGGCUGAUGUGGAUGCUAAAGCUUGUUAUGGGGACCCAGGUCUUGUGUUAGCAGUGAAGACCGAGAACAUUGAUAUCGUUAAGGAACUACUAAAGGCCGGGGCUGAUGUGGAUGCUAAAGAUGAUGAUGGGAAUCCGGUUCUUGUGUCAGCAGUGAAGACCGAGAACAUUGAUAUCGUAAAGGAACUAGUGAAGGCCGGGGCUGAUGUGGAUGCUAAAGCUAAUAAUGGGAACCCAGUUCUUGUGUUAGCAGUGUGGACCGAGAACAUUGAUAUCGUAAAGGAACUAGUGAAGGCCGGGGCUGAUGUGGAUGCUAAAGCUAAUAAUUGGAACCCAGUUCUUGUGUUAGCAGUGUGGACCGAGAACAUUGAUAUCGUAAAGGAACUAGUGAAGGCCGGGGCUGAUGUGGAUGCUAAAGCUAAUAAUGGGAACCCAGUUCUUGUGUUAGCAGUGUGGACCGAGAACAUUGACAUCGUAAAGGAACUAGUGAAGGCCGGGGCUGAUGUGGAUGCUAAAGCUUAUUAUGGGAACCCAGCUCUUGUGUCAGCAGUGAAGACCAAGAACAUUGAUAUCGUUAAGGAACUACUGAAGGCCGGGGCUGAUGUGGAUGCUAAAGCUAAUUAUGGGGACCCAGCUCUUGUGUCAGCAGUGAAGACCAAGAACAUUGAUAUCGUUAAGGAACUACUGAAGGCCGGGGCUGAUGUGGAUGCUAAAGCUUAUUAUGAGGACCCAGCUCUUGUGUCAGCAGUGAAGACCAAGAACAUUGAUAUCGUUAAGGAACUACUGAAGGCCGGGGCUAAUGUGGAUGCUAAAGAUGAUAAUGGGUAUCCGGUUCUUAAGUCAGCAGUGAGGACCAAGAACAUUGAUAUCAUAAAGGAACUACUGAAGGCCGGGGCUGAUGUGGAUGCCAGAGAUGAUGAUGGGAAUCCGCUUCUUGUGUCAGCAGUGAGGACCGAGAACAUGGCUUUCAUGAAGAAACUACUGAAGGUCGGGGCGGAUGUGAAUGCCAAGGAUCGGUCUGGGAAUCCGGUUCUUGUGUCAGCAGUGAGGACCGAGAACAUGGCUUUCAUAAAGGAACUACUGAAGGCCGGGGCUAAUGUGGAUGCUAAAGAUGAUGAUGGGAAUCCGGUUCUUGUGUCAGCAAUGUGGACCAAGAAUAUUAAUAUCGUAAAGGAACUAGUGAAGGCCGGGGCUGAUGUGAAUGUUAUUAUCAAGAACAACAAUUAUCAGAGUAAUAUUAGACCACUCCAUGUAGCAGUUGCAGCCGCUGAAGUUGACAUCUUUCAAGAACUGGUUAAUCAUAGGGCAUACAUUGACUACGAUAACCAGGAUGAGGUGUCUGCACUCCAUUUGGUAUCGGUUGAAACAAAAAUUGGUACAUUACGUAAGUUGUAUGAGAAUGUAAGAAAUUGCCACGCUCGCGGGAAAUACAACAGAACAUUUCUUCACACUGCUGCUAGCUUAGGAAGCCAUCAAAUUAUCAAACAUGUAAUGGAGUCCUUACUAGACAAAUCAGACAGUUGGAACCUUAAAGACGAUUUCGGGAACAGCCCGCUCCAUUGUGCAGUUCAGAUUGGGAAUUUAAAAACCAUGAGGGAUGACCGUACUGAAUCACGAUGUGACUGGAAAGCGCUGGAUUCCUGCGGGAGAACGUUGUUGCACCUUGCCGCAAUAUAUGGCCACAGUGAUCUGGUGGACCUAUUCAUUGAUAAAUACGGCUUAGAUCCACAUACAAUUGAUAACCAGCAAAGAAACUGUCUCCAUUAUGCGGUGAUCUUCCGACAUGAAGAUUUAGUUUGCGCACUGCUUCAGAGAGACGCCAAUUCGUUAAAAAAAUACAAUACAAAGGAUUCGAGCGGCAAAACUCCAAGUGAUUACAUACAGUCAUGUGAGAAGGACAGUCUGAUAUCAAAAUAUCUCCAAUGCGUGUCAGUCGGAAUUGAAAUACAUGUAGUUGCGCAUAAAAACUAUUCGCCUGACAUUUCCAAUGUUCUUGAACUAAAGAAAAUAUCGAAAGAACCGUCCAUAGGAUCAGUGGCGACCAUCGCUGGACAUGAUAAUAAGAAGUUUGUGGAGUAUGUGGAAAACGAAGUAAAAAGGGUGAUAAAAGCAGCAGUACCUAGGAGUCAAGGGACAGAUGUCGGCCAGGUUAUCGGGUGUGGGAGCUCAUUUGAAGGCACAAAGACCGGCAUGCCAGAUGAAUUCGAUUUCCUCGUAAAGUUAGAUUCAAAAUUAAAAAUACAGAUUAAGCAUGAGGGAUAUGGAAAAAUGGAGGGGGAUCCAGUCACUGGGUUCCAUGGAUUGUGGCUGUGGAGCAUACUUAUGUCAUUUUGGAGUGACUGCCAAACCAAAGGCGAAGGUAAAACAGUAUUCUCUGAUGGACAGCGAAGUAUGAAAAUGCCAUUUCCUCCACUGCGACAUCCUGAUCGUAAGACAUGUACAACAUGGAUCUGGCUGUAUAGUGAUGAGAUGUUCAAAGACUUGCCUGUGUCGAUUGAUUUCGUGCCGGCUGUUGAAGUCUGUCUUGAGAAGCCCGGAACACUUAUUCUAUCAACUUGGCUGAUGACACAGGAGGAAAUGCGGAAGAGGAAAUUACAUUUCGUGCCAAAGAUUCCGAAUAAGAAAAGCGAUGUGACGAAGAAGUUCGAAUCACAGGAGCUGCACCAACUAGGACGAGUGUCCUACCCGACGCUGGAGUUGGAACACAUACAGGCCUUAGAGGACAGGGUGAAGGAUGUAUAUAUCACAGCUAAAUCCAUUAGAAAUAUCGAAGUGUGUCGCUUCAAAGUAAAAAACGACAAAGGUGACACAAAGUUAGUGAGUGAGUUAGUAACUAGCUACAGAUUAAAAUCUGUAUUCCUGCAGUUAGUUGAACUAUUCCGGGAAUCAGAUAUGUCCCUUGGCAAAAUGGUGUUGAUGGUGUACGAACGGUUGGAGAAGUUACUCGAGAUAGAUCACCUGCCGAUGUUCUUCAGACCUGAUAUAAACGUGUUAGCGGGGUCCAAGUUGAGUACGAAAGAGAGCCUCAAGGUCACUAAGAUCAUGACGAGGUUUGUCCGGUCUCUGUAUGAGAGAGAUUUCUCCCCGGAACAACGUGAACACGACUCAGCUGAGGAAAAGAGGGUGAUUGAAAUAUUUAUGGUAACCCACAGCAUGGACGAAACUGCGUUACCUUGAGAAAUUGUGAGCUGUGUUUCCUGUGAUAGUACAGGAUGUCUCAGAGAAAAUGUUUUGUAAAAUAUUUUGUAGCCCUCUUCGGAACUAACAACUCGCAUUUACCAGGUGCUGCAGUGGUUUUAUUGAGACGAAACUCAUAUGAAUGAGUUUGCACGUGACCGACUAUGGUUCAAAUCACUGCUGGUGUAUAUUGUGGUACGAGGAGGCGUGAUCACAUCACCCCCAUCUUGAAGCAGCUCCAUUGGCUCCAAGUAAAGAGUCGAGCUGUCUUCAAGGUGUUGGUGAUGUGUUUCAAGGCCCUCAAUGGACUUGCGCCAUCAUAUCUGUCUUCACUUUUGCAGCGUAACGAAGGUGCGCGCCUUACCAGGUCGUCCUGUUCAAAGUGUCUCCUUGUACCUCGCUCAAAAUCAAAGUACGGGGAUCGCAGUUUCUCCGUGGCUGCCCCUUUUCUCUGGAAUCGACUUCCCAAAGCAAUUUCAUAUGCUGAGACCCUCACCCAAUUCAAAUCCCUUCUUAAAACACACUUGUUCAAUCUUCACUUCAAAAAAUAGAGGAGGAAGCGCUUUGAGCAGGGUGACCUGGAAGGGCGCUUUACAAAUUCUAUAUUUAUUAUUAUUAUUUAUUAUAUUAUAUGGUCGACUAAUCUUGUGUCUGGUCCAUGAACCAUUUUCUAAAGGUGAAGUCACACCCUUUCGGGAAUAAGCACAUUACGGGAUGGCAUAACCGUACUCCGGUUGCCCCUUGAAACUCCUGACUGAUUUCAGUAGAGACGGGGUUGAUAGUAUGAUAUUCACAAAGCGCUUCGAAGAAAUCAACAUAGAAAAAGCGCUAUAUAAGAUCCAAAUAUUAUUAUUACUUUUAUUAUCAUCGUUACUCAUACUAUGGGGUUGUAGGCCCACGUUACUCAUACUAUGGGGUUGUAGGCCCACGUUACUCAUACUAUGGGGUUGUAGGCCCACGUUACUCAUACUAUGGGGUUGUAGGCCCACGUUACUCAUACUAUGGGGUUGUAGGCCCACGUUACUCAUACUAUGGGGUUGUAGGCCCACGUUACUCAUACUAUGGGGCUGUAGGCCCACGUUACUCAUACUAUGGGGUUGUAGGCCCACGUUACUCAUACUAUGGGGUUGUAGGCCCACGUUACUCAUACUAUGGGGUUGUAGGCCCAGUGCAGGCAAAUACAUGUAUUUUCAAGUUGAUCGCUUGCCGACAUAGACAGUGGGGUCCUUAUUCCGAGUGUAGGGUGCUUUUUUAAUGUCAGUUCGCAUUAUCAUGAUUUUAAUCCCCUUCGUUCUUUCCUGGAGGUUUGGCUCAUCUAUUGUUCUGUACCUCCUGGACGCAGGAGAUUGUCUUCGGUUGAUACACACCGCCAGCUGGAUGUGAUCGGCGAAUUGGCGGACGAUUCCUCAAUGGCGUCUCCCCUGAAUCAAUUAUGAUGUAAACAAUUCAGUAGGCCUAAUGCAUGAAUUAAGGAUCCGUUACUCUAUGUACUUUACACCUCAUUUCGGUGAUAUUUAUUAGCAGUUUAAUAAAUUUUGAUA